UCCUCUUCCUCGCCUUCCGUUCCGUUCCGCCGACGCUUCAUUCUCCUUCCCUCACCCCACCCCCCACCCGCGUCGCCGCCAUCGCCGUCCCCGUUCCUCCUCCUCGCCGCGCCCCUGCCGUCUCCGCCCGCCCGCCCGUCGGCAGUCUCUGGAUUCGAGGCCCCGGCGCUCCUAUGGCGACACCCGACGAGCAUGCCGAGGAGGAGUAUGCUGAGAAGGAGUAUGCCGAUUUCGAGGAGAGGGUCAAGAGGACGAUAUACAUCGACCACCUCUCCCCUGUGGUUACUGGGCAGGUUAUCCGAGCAGCUCUUUCCCAGUGUGCUAAUGUUGUCAGUGUGGAGUUCGUUGAGAACUACACGAUCCCGUAUGACAUCCCAGCCGCCGCGCUGGUGGAGUUGGACGACGAGUCGCAGGCCAGGUCUGCUGUGGACCUGAUGCGAGACUUCCCCUUCAUAAUCGGCGGAAUGCCCAGGCCUGUCCGAGCUAGCCUGGCAAGGCCCGAGAUGUUUCCUGACCGUCCGAGCCCGCCCGGCUCGAAGAUGGAGUUCCUUUGGCUGAAACAAGGAGAUCCGGAGUAUGAUGGGAUGAGCAAGCUCAAGAGCCUUGCAAAGAGGCAGGAAGCAGAGAACAUGGCGCUCAUCAAGAAUAUACUGGAGGAGGAGAAGGAGCUGGCGGCUCAGCAGCAGAUAAUGCUUGACGCCAACUACCACAAAUAUGACUUGCUUGAGAACAUCGUGCAAAACGGGACCAUCAAGAACCUUGCUGGCCACUAUAGGGUCAACUUGUUCGACGGCUGAUCGUUUUUGACAGUCUAUGAUGAAAUGGCUUCAGAGAUUGCAGUCCCUGGUGCAAGCUAGUUCCAUUCCACUCGUAAAAUGUGUGAUAGUGACAACCGUUGACUAGUUUGAUGCAGCCGCGCUCUACUUGUGGCCAGCUGCGUCUUCUUCUGUGUAAAAGUGGGUCCUUAUGUAGUGUGACGGCUUAGAUUAUCACGUAAUCUUUGUAUGAUGUCAGUUUAACAUCGCAUCAAGUUAAUGCAACGAUGUAUGAUAUUGUCUCUUGUAUUAUGUGAAACUUGCA